UUGGGCCAAAAGCGAAAAAUCGAGUUACAAGAAAGAGUUUUAAUUAGUUAUUAUAUCAUAUCUGGACCUAACAAAAAAAAGGUUAUUCUAUCAUAUCUUAUUGACUUAUUCUAGCAAAAGUUUCUCUUAAGUCUUAACCACAUAGCGAUAUCAUACAUCCGAUCUCUUAAUUUGAAUUCAAUUCUAUUUUAUAUUUGUACUGAUUCCUUUCUAAAUCUUAUGGAUAUAUUGUUUAUUUUAUUUUUAUUUUCUUCCUAAUUAACAUAUUGGAUUGCUUUCCAAAUCAAAUGCGUCCAACUUUUUUUUGCUAUUCAAACAUAGAAUUGAUUGUACAUUAAAUACGUAUACACACAACAACUUCACACAUAUAUAUAUAGAGAUGAUAUUUACAUGCACAUAUAUUACAAAUACCCUCAUUUGGUUCAAGAUAUUAAAAGAACUUCAAGUCUUUUGUUGUUGUUGUUAAAGACUCAAAUCCUUUUCUUUUUCCAACCAAAUCCCAUUAAUCAUCAAAAGAUGACUAAACUCACCAUUGUUGCCAUCUUUCUUGUCUUCUUCUUAGGGAUGAUGGCGAAAGAAACACAAGGACAACAUAUAUGUCAUCAGAUUCUAUUAGAUAACAAUUGUGAUGGAGCCACAUGCACCGAUCUGUGUGACAAGAAGUUGCAAGGAACUGGCCAGUGUUACAGAACCGUUGACAGAAGAUUUAUCUGCCUCUGCAAUUAUAUUUGCAGAACUUGACUCUAUUUUUUGUUUUCUUUUUGUUCUUAUCUACUAUAUAAACUAUCAGCAAUAAUAAAUCAUAAAAGAAAAUAGUAUAAGUUUCUUGCCAUGUUGUCUAAUCUUACGUGAAUGUAAAAAAUUGCAUUCGAACUUACUUGAAUACUGAUUUAGCCCUAAAUAUAGAAAAAAAAUUACAAGUUAAA